AUUCAUAGUAUAGCGUGAAUAUACUGCCUGAGCUCCACCCAAGCAGAGUAUACGUGUAGUGUUCGUGUAGUGGACCAACCCAGCAGUUCGUCGUUAUCAGUGCAGCCCAUUCAGCCGCAGGUCUCACAACAUGGAACGACAUUACCCGCGAGACAACUGGCGCCACAGGGGCGACGAUGACUCUGAGCGCGGACAAGAGAGGUGGCUGGUUCAAGGACGAGGACGAGGACGGGGCAGAGCUGCAGAGCACGACCCCAACUGCUUCAUUGUGCUGCACUCCAGGGAGUACGAGAGGGAGGCCCCACUUCUGCCCCCGCCCACCGUGCUGGGGUCGUUCUCUGUGGACAAAGAAAAGAACAUCAUCUUCAACAACUCCAUGAUGCCCAAACUGUGCGAAAUGUACAUUCCGGACGGCGAAUUCAUGGAGGUGGAUAUAGACCUCAAACAGGGCUUUGAGAGAUCCAGUUGCUGCACAGGAAGGUCAGGUGAAGGGGAAAGGCGUCGCCUUCAAUGGAUUCUUCACAACCAGGAAAAAGUUAGAGCUAAGGACUCGCCUGACAGACUGGCGGCUGAUUUUGUGUGCUCAAGAAGCACGCUGAGGAAAAUCAUGCAGGCUCCGUAUGCACAUUCAAGGCACUUCAAUGCUGAAUGGCAGAUAUUUGCCAAAUAUUUCAAGGGAACGAUAUAUACGACAAAAGUGGUUCCAAAGCAGAAGAAACACAACAAGGGAGUUCGCCAGGAAGAGGGGGCCAGCCAGGAGGAGGGGGUCAGCCAGAAGGGAGCCAACCAGGAGGAGGGGGCCAACCAGGAGGAGGGGGCCAACCAGGAGGGGGCCAACCAGAAGGAAGCCAACCAGGAGGGUGGGGCCAAUCAGGAGGAAGGAGCCAACCAGGAGGAGGAAGCCAACCCGGAGGCAAUCACUAAGGAGAAGUGGGCCAUUUACGGAGAGAGGUUUGAAGAGUACAUGACGGGAGGGGAUCCCAAUGGUGUCCUGGAAGGUGACUGCCAGUUCCAGUGUGUGCUGCAGCUGGACCUGAACGGGAAGUCGCUGCUCCUCUCCGCACACAUCGAUGCAGCGGACCCAACACGCCACCAAGAAGACUUCAAGGACAUGAACAGCUUUGUGAGACUGAAAGCACGGAAGGACUCGACCUACCAACUUGCGGAUUGUAACUAUAGGAGGUUUGUCCUAAACAACUGGUGGAUUGAAAACAAGCUAACAGGUGUCCCACGGCUCCUGGUAGGCAAAAGGAACGCAGAUGGAGUGGUGUACACACUGCAGAUGUUACAAACAGAUGACAUGCCUGAUUUGGCUCAGGGGACGUGGGAACCAUCCGUAUGCAUCAAUAUCUUGGACGAGUUCCUCAAUUUUGUCAAAGAAAAGGUGGUCGCGGAACCUGACGUGGUUCAUUGUUUUAAGAAGUCCGGUCCGUACUCCGAACUCCGCAAGAUCCGCCAUUCCAUCGAUCCUAACCUGGAAGACUUUCUCCCCGACUGGUACAAAGAGCAGCUCUUCGCCACACUAAAUGGGGAGAACAACUGCAGCUAAUUAAGGGUAACAUAGCGAAUAUCAUGUCUCAUAUAUGCAGCUUUGAGAGCUAAACCUCAAAAAAACAAGAAAGUCCUAUUGAUCGGGGGAGAGAUCUCCCAGUCAUAUAAACCGCACUUUGUCUACUUUGGUUGUAACUGCUACACCAUCACUGGCAACCAGUAAGGAUCGCACCCCCCGUUUUGACUUUAGACCUGAAAGGGUUUUUUUUUUUUUUUUUUUUUUUUUACGUUGUUGCCUAUUGCGCCGGUAGGCAUCUUCCCGGUGGGGCCUGAUGGUCGGCCCAAGGCUUCUUCCAGGUGGGGCCUGAUGGUCGGCCCAGCCCGUUCUGGCGCAGGCGAGUGUUUAUAGUGGCGCCAUCUUGUUAGCUCUUCGAACUUUUUCUUUAUUAACUUCUGCAACAUUCGCGGUCUUCGUGGAACGCCAUCUCCUCUAAAUCUCACCUUCUAUUCCUCACCGAAACACAGUGUUCCCCCCUACUACUUCUAUCCUAAAUUUCAAUCCAAAGUUGGAUGUUGCGUCUACGUACGCCGCGAUAUCACUUGCUCUCGUGCCCACGACCUUGACUUCUGAAUUUUCCACCACCUGGCCAAGAUUCAGUCGUCGUUCCCUUACUAAAUACGUCUGUGCUGUUCAUCUGUCACCUAACUCUGCCAACUAUGUAAUAUUCUUUGAGUGUUUGAACUCUUAAAUUUCGAUCUUAGAUUUCAAUGUUCACCAUCAGCUUUGGCUUUCAUCCUCUUACGCUGACCAGCCUGGUGAACAAGCCUACAACUUUGCACUCCUCAGUGACCUAGAGCAGGUGGUUCAACACCCUACACGUAUUCCAGACCGACAUGGAGACACUCCCAACAUUCUAGACCUUUUCCUAACGUCUAAUCCUUCAGCUUAUUCUAUUAAACUGUUCUUUCUGUUGGACUCCUCCGACCACAACCUUAUUUCCGCAUUUCUGCUCGUAAUCGUGCCAAAUCUGUUCGACUUACCCAGAACUCUUUCAUCCAUAAAAAAAAUGUCAGAUUUCUGGUACCUAGCCAAAAAUAUAACAAUUUUACUUCAUCUUUCACACCUCUCCUUAAUCUUGAUGGUAGCAUAUAGCUAUCACAUUUGUCUCUAUGGCUGAACUCCUUGCUCAAACUUUCUCUAAGAAUUCCACUCUGGACGAUUCAGGGCAUAUUACUCCUACUCAUCCCCCCCCCCCCCCCCCUCUGACUCCAUUAUGCCUAAUUAAGAUUCUUAAGAAUUAUGUUUUCUAUGCCCUCUCUGGCCUCAGUCCUCAGAAGGAUUAUGGACCUGAUGGAGUGCCUCCUAUUGUCCUUAAAAACUGUGGUACCUUGCGAACACCUUGCCUGGUCAAUCUCUUUCAUCUCUGCCUUUCAACAUCUACCUCUCCUUAUGCUGGAAGUACGCCUACAUACAUUCUGUGCCAAAGAGGGGUGACCGCUCUAAUUCUUCAAACUACUGCCUUAUAACUUUACUUUGUUUUUCUAUAGCUUUUACAACAAUCCUCAACAGGAAAGUUCUUAGGCAUCCAUCAACUUCUGACCUUUCUGAUCGCUAUGGGUUCCGCAAGGGGCGUUCUACGGGUGGUCCGUCUUUUUGCCUUCCUGACUCCAGGUCGUCCUCUCUUAGUCGUUUCGGUUAAUCUUUUGCUAUUGCCUUAGACAUAUUGAAAGCUUUUGAUAGAGUCUGGCACAAAUCUUCAGUCUCUUAACUACCCUCCUACGGUUUCUAUCCCCCUCCCUGUACAUUUAUUUCCAGUUUUCUUUCUGGCUGAUUUAACUUUGCUGUGGUUAAAGACCAAUGUUCUUCCCCUGAUUCUAUUAACAGUGGUGUCCCGUAGGGUUCUGUCCUAUCUCCCACUCUCUUUUGUUCACUGAUGAUCUUUCCAAAACAACCUGUCCUCUCCACUCUUAUGCCAAUGACUCUACUCUGCAUUACUCAACAUCUUUUGUCAGAAGGCCCUCCCAACAUGAAAUACACGAAUCUAGGCCGGAUGCUGCAGAAGUUUAACUCAAACCUUGCUAUCAUAUCCGAAGUGGACUAAACAUGAUUUCUGAUGAACAUUGUUUCAGCUGACCCAACACAAUGGAUCUCCACGUGGAAACUAGUCAUGCCUGCAAAUUAUGGCAAAGCAUGAAAAUGUCAAUGUGUUUUGGCAGGAGCAAAGUGGACACUGAUUAAAAGUUCCAUUGGUUCCUCUAGCAGCAUAUUGCAUUUCAAAACCAAAGAUACUUCAGAGUUUAGGGAAAAUACCAAACAUUUUGAUUUUUUUUAAUAAGCUUCUAAGGAAACCAACUUACUGCUUAGUAGAGUAACUGUGGCAAUUAUUAUUGUUGUUGUUGCCCUUCAUGAACGAACAAAAGGUCUGUCACAACGACAACCUUAUGAGACUUCUGUGCCCCCCAGAUGGACUAGCCCAUCCCAGUUAUUUAGCGGGGAUGGGAUGAACUCUGGCUGUGCUGCGGCGACACGCCGUGUUCGGCAUGAAGGGUAGGGUGGAGCACCCCAAGAGGUCUGUCACCACCGCCAGACAGAAAGAGCUCUGCCUGAGUGAGUGGAUCUGUGCGGUGGGAGCGGCUCACGUGGCUGGGCCUUCUGUUGGCACAUAGGUUUUUGGCGUGUUAUAUACAAACAUACAUAUUAUAUACAUAGUAAAGUUCGUAAUUAGUUAAUUAAGUAUGAGUAAUCACUAUCCAAUAAUUUCAGACAGCAUAACAAUUUACACUCCUUUUCUGUAUUCCUGUUUUAUUAUACAAAUCUGCGAAAUAAAAUAAUUUCAUCA